AUGGUGAACUUGAUAGAGUCACAAAAACCAUUGUUGCACGGUCUCAUGAAAUUAGCCGGUGUUGUUCCGUACACCUUAGAUAUAGAACCAGGAACGAAGAUGAACUUCUGGAUCCCCAAAGAAACCCUCAAGAAAACAAAAAAAUCCGACAAAAACUCUAAUGUGGAACUCAAGAAACCUACCAAACCAGCCAUCUUGUUCAUCCACGGCUUUGCAGCCGAAGGGAUCAUGACGUGGCAGUUCCAGGUCGGAUCACUAGCCAAGAAGUACUCAGUCUAUAUACCAGAUCUCCUCUUCUUCGGUGGGUCAUACUCAGAUAAACCGGACAGGUCACCAGCGUUUCAAGCCCACUGUUUGGUUAAGUCUCUUCGUCUCCUCGGGGUCGAUGAUUUUUUCCUUGUAGGGUUUAGUUACGGUGGCAUGGUGGCUUUCAAGAUCGUGGAAGAGUAUCCUGAGAUGGUUAGAGCCAUGGUGGUGUCAGGUUCGAUACUUGCGAUGACUGAUACGAUCAGUGAGUCAAAUUUGAACCGGAUAGGGUUUAAGUCGUCAGCGGAUCUCUUGUUACCAACCUCGGUUAAGGGACUCAAGACUCUCUUUGCUCUUGCUGUUCAUAAACCCAUGUGGUUCCCAAACCGGCUCUUUAAGGAUUACCUAAAGGUGAUGAUUACCAACAGGAAUGAGAGAGCAGAAUUGUUAGAAGGUUUAGUCAUCAGCAACAAAGAUGUAACCAUCCCUCGUUUUCAAAAGAAGAUUCAUGUUUUGUGGGGUGAAAGUGAUCAAAUUUUUAAUCUUGAAAUGGCCAAGAACAUGAAAGAGCAACUAGGCGAAAAUGCAACAAUGGAUAUUAUUAAAAAGGCAGGUCACUUGGCACAUUUGGAGAGACCUUGUGUCUAUAACAGACGUCUCAAAAAGUUUCUUACUUCAGUUUUCUCCGAAAACUAGAUUUAAUUUAACGCAUAUAUGAUCCUCGACGUCAACACCAAAUAAACCGCUUUCAAAAACAAAGAAGACCAAAUAAACCCAUUUGUCCUUUUUUUUCUGUGUGUUUUUUUCUUUCUAUUUCAAAAGUUAUGUAACCUUAUAUAUUUGUUGAAACAGUACAUUUAAUCAUACUAGGGGGUUGUCCGCGCUUCGCGCGGAGUUGCUGUUUGGGAUAAACCAUUGGUUGUGCUCGAAUUGUAGCUGAUAAUAGCAAAUAUCAUUCC